AUGUCAUUUCGACGAUUUCCUCAAUAUCGACGAUUCCGAGGCGGAGGAAGCUCGCGAGGCCAGCAGCACACACUAAUAGCAUCCGGACUCGGGGUGAGUGCUGCAGGCUACUACUUCUACCACCUCCAUCCCAAUGCCGCGGGACGGUAUCGGUUCAUAGACGUGAGCCAGCAGCAGGAGGUCCGCGCCGGUGACGAGGCAUUUAGAGAGCUGCUGCGUCAAUACAGCGCGUCUAUUCUUCCCUCCCACCACCCUACCACUGUGUACGUGCGAGACAUCGCCAAGCGCAUCAUACGGGCAUCUGGUGCACUCCAUCCACACACCAAAGAGUAUAAUUGGCAAGUUUACGUCGUACAUUCGAGUACAAAAAACGCAAUGGUGCUGCCUGGUGGCAAGAUAUUUGUGUUCGACGGACUCCUCCCAAUCACAAAGACUGCAGAUGGACUGGCUAAUGUAAUAGGACAUGAGUGUGCCCACCAAUACCUCCGUCACAGCGGAGAGAGGAUGAGUUUCAUGAAGGUGUUCAUCGGUCUCGCCAUCGCCCUCCAGGCUGUCGGAAUUGACUUUGGUCUCUCAAACGCCCUAAUGAAGGUCGUCCUAGAGCUGCCUAACUCGCGCAAAGCUGAGUAUGAAGCUGACCAGGUGGGUAUGGAUGUCGCCGCGCGCGCUUGCUUCGAUCCUGCAGAGGCUGUACGCGUCUGGCAGAGGAUGUCGCAGGCUGAAAGCAGCGGCGGCAGUGGUGGUGCUAUGGACUUCCUCUCCACACAUCCUGGCCACGAAAACCGCAUCGAAAGGCUGAGAGAGUUCCUUCCUAAGGCAAAAAAGAUUUUUGACGACAGCGAAUGUCAGCAGAUGAGUAGCUUUCGCAGGUCCACCUUUAGUGCAUUUAUGUAG